AUAUGUGUCAGGUGUAGAACAAAUAUGUGGACUACAGUGUUGUACAGUGUGUCGAAAAGUAUUAUGGCGUUUUACAAAAUCUAUCUGCUUGAACACUUAAUGGACAUGCAGAAAAACAAGGGGUUCACUUUAACGAAGGGCAAAUUGGUACCAAUGUUAGAUUUUGCGAAGAGAUCCGGCGAGGAUGCUGUUUACUGUUUAGAAAAUUACUAACAGAAUUGUAUGUGCGCAAGAAGUAGCUUGCCCGGAUAAACGAUAACGAAAGGGUGACGAAUAUAGCAGAGCCUUUAAAGUGCGUAAGAUGAGUACGGAACGAAUAGAAGAAAUAAUAAGGAAAACUACAAGCGAUAGCCAAUGGUGGAACAGCGAUCGAAAGACGAUAGUCUUAACCAGACUGUAUCGGAUCUUGCCUCGUUGAAUCGUGAUUUGGAUGGCAAACUGUUGGACGAGAUGGAUGAUAACGACAUGGAAAUUGAAUCUGUUCAGGAAAAUCGUAACUUACCUAUUCAUGCCAAUGGUAUAUUAGCACAUCCUAGGAGACAUUCAAAGUCAAAAAACCGGAUAAAAAGAAGAUACAAAUGUUAUUCUUGCGAACCUCCAGACUGCGCAGAUACGGCGAUUCAUGCACACUAUUGUCAAAAUGCUAUUCAGUGCUGGAAAUCACGAACCCGCGACCCAGAAGGAAAUGAAAAUGUACAACGAGGAUGCACUACUGAACAUGAGCAGCUGCCUUUGUAUUGUAGUCAAAAUCAAAAACCUAACACUGGCGAUAGUGGAGGACCUAAAAAACGUCAUGUUUCUAGCACUGGAAUGUAUAAUAUUGAGUGCUGCACGGGAGAUUAUUGUAAUAAUGGAUCUUUUCCAGAGCUCCCACCGAUGAGAGUUUCUAAUACAGAACAAGAUGCGGAUCCCUUCGCGCUGAAGAUGGCGGCAGCAAUUCUAAUACCUUUUGGUACAGUUGUUUUACUCGCUGUUACCGUGAUCUAUUGGAUGCGUCGAGCACACAAGAAACGAAUGAGCGCUUGCCGUACGAAAUACGAUGCUGAAACUUAUUAUACAAAUGAUGAUGUAUUACGCGCCACCAGUGCAGGAGAUAGCACGUUGCGAGAAUAUUUACAACACUCUGUUACAUCUGGGUCUGGUAGCGGACUCCCUUUACUUAUACAACGUACUCUUGCUAAGCAAGUGUCACUUUGUGAAUGCAUCGGUCGUGGACGUUAUGGAGAAGUCUGGCGUGGCAUUUGGCACGGCGAAAGUGUAGCAGUAAAGAUAUUCUUCAGUCGCGAUGAGGAUUCGUGGAAGCGAGAAACAGAAAUUUAUGGCACCGUUUUGUUGAGACAUGAAAACAUCUUGGGGUACGUUGGUUCAGACAUGACUUCUAGAAAUUCUUGUACGCAGUUAUGGCUUAUAACGCACUAUUAUCCUCAAGGAUCUCUUUUUGAUUACUUAAAUCGUACUGCAAUUUCCACACAUCAAAUGAUAACCAUUUGCCUCUCUAUUGCCAAUGGGAUGGUACAUUUACACACUGAAAUUUUUGGAACUGAGGGUAAACCGGCUAUCGCGCAUCGUGAUUUAAAGACAAAAAAUAUUCUAAUUCGAGCAAAUGGUACAUGUGUCAUUGCGGAUUUUGGCCUGGCCGUAAUGCACAGUCAAACAACUAAUAAAAUUGAUAUAGGUAACACCGCUCGUGUCGGAACAAAGCGCUAUAUGGCUCCGGAAGUUCUAGACGAAAGUAUCAGCAUGGAAUGUUUCGAUGCCUUAAGGAAAGCUGACAUUUACGCAAUUGGUUUAAUAUUUUGGGAAGUAUGUCGCCGCACUAUCUCUUGUGGCAUUGCAGAAGAGUAUAAAGUUCCAUACUUCGACUACGUUUCAUCAGAUCCUAGUUUUGAAGAAAUGCGCAAAGUUGUGUGUGUUGACAAUUAUAGACCAUCCGUACAAAAUCGUUGGACAUCUGAUCCGUUUCUCGCUAGUAUGUCAAAGCUGAUGCGUGAAUGUUGGCAUAUGAACCCCAAUGUUCGAUUACCAGCGCUAAGAAUUAAAAAAACUUUACUUAAACUGGCUAGCUCUGACGAAACAAUAAAAAUUACCCCGGAUGGCGAAGUAGUAGUAUGAUGACACUAUAUUUAAUUAGCUAUAGAUAUGUCACGUAUGACAAGACGAAUAGGAUAAUCUAACUGUUAUUUUUAAUCUUAAGAGUGCUUUUUAAUUUGCAUGUACAAAUAGCAUGAUACAUCAACUUUUUUUUUCUAUACUCAAACAUAGGCACAUUCAGAGUCAAUUAGAAUAUGAAAAUUAAAUAAUAGAAUAUGAAAAAAUUGUUUAAAAUAUAAUCAACUAUAUAUACAUAUAUGUGAGUUAUUAACCCAACAUUAAAUAUUUGAUCACAAAUACUGAUACAGGAGUUCAUUUUUGAUUGGAACUUAUUCCUGUUUAAAAAUUUCAAUCAGUGGUAAAAUAGAAAAGUAAGUUUAUGAUUUAUUUGUUCAUUAAGUGUGCAGUAUUAGUGUAUUGAAUGUUAUAAUUUAAACAUAAUUUUUUUCUACUUACUUAAAACGUAGCAGAAUAAUGAUUGGUAGUGACGUUUAUUUGUGAAACAACGGAUCGUACAGAUGUUCACUAGCCAUCGUGCCAUUGAUGUAACUGAUAAGGAAGUGUCCUUUAUAAAUGUUAAUAUACUUCGUGCCUGUAACCGCGGUAGAAUAUUGUAAAUAAACUUUGUAUUAACUA